GGCUGCCUUGCAUUCUCAUGGAAAUUCUGGAAGUAGGAUAGGUUUGUUUUUCUGUGCUCUGACAUCUAACUGUGUUGAUUUAUCGUAUCUCGCUUAAGCCUACAACUGUAGCCUACAGUAUGAGGAUCACUGUGUCCAAUGACAGGCAAGCAGACAAACGUGCUCCAAUUUCUCUCUUUCGUAGGCGUCACUGCCCCAUUCCAGGCGAACUGUCAACAAACUCGGCAGGCUAUCUUAAAUCGAGGUCGGGAAGUGUUACUUUUCCCUGCUACUUUUUUAGCCAAAUGUUCGGUUCAUUGGUUCUCAGACCAUGGUCGGAGAAGCAGAACCGCGCAUGGGGGACAGAAUAUUCUCCCCUUUCUCGCUGACAGGCGGCCAAACUGCCAGACUUCUACGCAACGAAGGAUUCUGCAGUGAACCUUUAGGGCGUUUUUUCUCUGCCGAUUUUGGGAAUAUAGCCCUUGGUUUUUCUAUCCGCGCACGUGUCUAGCGUUUAUACUUGAAUCUCCUGACGUGGGAUGAUGCUAAACAGGACAUGUGCCGUGCUGCUGGUGGUUGUCACACUGAUUUGUCUCAACCAUUCCUCGGGAUCAAAAGGAGUUACCAAGGUGUCCAGAAAGGUGCCUCGCGCGCGCCCGUGCGUGGACAUACCCGAGGAGAUACUGGAGCAGAUGUUCGGGAGACUCUCGGUUGGAGUCCUCAAUGCCUUCCAUCACACACUACAGCUCGCACCCGUGGAGCGAAUGAACAUGUCAUGCCCAGCCGGCCGACGCUUGACUGUGGACAGAAAGUCGCGUAUACCAGUGAAUCUCCUUAGCAUUUCCCCCUGGGCAUACCGGAUCUCUAACGACCCAACGAGGUACCCACGCGUAAUUCCGGAGGCGUACUGCUUGUGCAAAGGAUGCCUACUCGGUCCAUCCGGCCAGGAGAACGAGCGCUUCCGCAGCACGCCCGUCUACAUGCCCUACGUGAUCCUGCGUCGCACGGGCACCUGUAUCGGUGGUCGUCACGCAUACACAGAAGCCUACAUCUCUGUGCCUGUUGGAUGCACCUGCGUACCGCUACUGGAGAAAGACAGGGCACCACCACAGAAGACCAACCAGAGUCUGGAAAGUGCCAAAGUAAAGCCAGGUCCAGGGCAGAAGACUUUCCAAACAAACCCCAUUCGGAGGAAUACCUGA